AUGCAGUCCAUCUGCAUGUGGGAUGUUGGUGCACAGAGCCUCAACAUCCAUAGUUACGAGGAUGGUGUUGUCGGGGAGGUUGUCAAUGGACUGUAUUUUCCUGAGAAAGUCAAUAGUGUUUCGCCUCCAUCCACAGCCAUGUCUAUAUCGCUUGCUGGAGAACCAGAAUUCCUACAUGAAGACAGGAAAGGUGGAGAGAACAUAAAAGCAUCCCAUCUAAGUGCAUCAGAUCUUGCAACAAAAAGUACUUCUAUCCCAGAUGAACUUGGAGCAUGUGGACAUUCUAGGACAUCCAGCUAUGCAAGCCAGCAGUCAAAAGUGUCAGGUUACAGCACCUGCCAUUCCAGAUCAUCUAGCAUCUCUGAUCUCUGCCAUAAGAGAAAUACCUCUGCAGGAAGUACAUCAACAGGUAUAGGCAGUAUUCUAGAACCCUGUGAAGAGAAUGAGUCCAAAAAAAAUGAGGAAGAUGCAGCCUCAGAAAAAACCAACAGGCAUCCAGUAAAACAGGAUUCUGUAGAGUCACAGCUGAAAAGGGUUGAUGCUACCAGAGUCGAUGCAGAUGAUGUCGUUGAAAAAAUACUGCAGAGUCAAGACUUCAGUUUGGACUCAAGUGCAGAAGAGGAAGGGCUAAGACUCUUUGUGGGUCCUGGAGGGAGUACUGCCUUUGGAAGCCAUCACUUACCUAAUAGAGUGGGAUCUGGAGCAUAUGAACAAGUAGUGAUUAAACGCUAGAAGAACUAGACUAAAAUGACACAGUAAUCUU